AGACAAUAAUAGGAAACAAUAUAUUUACAUUAAAUAUAGAAUAUAUAUUUAACAUGCUCCCGGCUACGUCGGAUGAGGAGGAGGUCUGAUACCCAGACUGGACUAAAACUCGAGGAAGAGAAGUGAAGGAAGGGGCCCUGAGCUGUGCGAUGAACAUUAAUGCCGAGGAAAAAGUGCAGAUCACCCAAGUCUGUCAUGGCAAACUUAGCCUUGAGUUUCUGAAUGAGACUCUGAAGAAGUCCUGGCGAGGAGGCAAGAUCGGCAGGGAGACCACAAAGCAUUUGAAGGACGAGUUGGUGUUGGGAGACUGGUGCAUCGACAUCAUCCAACCAGUCGGCAAGAUUCUGCAGUUGUUGGCAAUAGGCUGCCAUGGUGGAGUUGCCCUUGACUGUCGUGCGAAAUUCAUGCUCAAUUUGCAUGGCUCGGGCAUGUUUGUUGUCGUGGAACAAGUCGUGGAUGACUUUCUCGAGAGCAGAGGCAGUAGAAACAGAGGAGAUGACCAGAUCGGAUACCUCAUCGGUGAUGGUGGAGAGGAUCCAACCCUGGAGGAGAGCGUCGAGUUGGAACCAUUCGUUGUCGUCAUCGGAGAGGGGGACGACGGAGCCAUCGAUGUAGCCCUUGAGGUUGAACCGCCGAACCAAAAGAAGGAAGAGUCGGCUCCACUUUUUGUAAUUAGGUUGGGAGAGACUGAGUUGAACGGGGACAUGAAGUUUCACACUAUAGACUGUUGUGAAUGCAAGAUGAGGAGGUUUGGAGGAGUUAUUUUGGGAAGUGACCUCGCUAUUUUCGGCCAUGGUGAGGGGGAGAAGAUGACCGGCGAGAAGAAGAAGGUGUUGCCGGUGAAGAGAGCCGCCGAGGGGGAGAGUCGGCGCUGCCAAGAGUGACAGCGAGAGAGAGGGCCGAACGAGAGAGAGAGGGGGGGGGGUUUAGGGUUUUUUAUUUUUAGGUUCCGAUACCGUGUAGAAUGGUUAAUUUCAUUGAUUGAAUAUGUGGGAGUACAUGUCUAUAUAUACAUAAGGAUUCUUAAUCCUAUACAAAGUAGGAAACAAUAAUAGGAAACAAUAUAUUUACAUUAAAUAUAGAAUAUAUAUUUAACAGUUUAUACUCUCUCCGUUCCCAAAAAUGUCAUAGUUACUAUUUUAGAUUUUUAUAACAUUUUUUGUGCUUCCUUUUUCAUUGUAUAUUUAAUAAAAUAAAUUAUUUGUAUCGUU